CUACUACAUUACCCAGAAUGCACCGCCGUGUCAGCUGCAGUCAGCUGCAGUGUGUUUGGUGAAGUCAGCUGAAGCAGCAUGUCUGAGUAUCCGACAUUCCAGCACGACAAGCCUCGAUUCGACCAGAACACGUUCUCUGGUCGGUUCAGGCACUUCCUGGAUGUGAUUGACCCCAGCACACUCUUCGUCACAGAGAAACGGCUGCAGGAGAGCGUGAAGCUGCUCGAGCGCUUCAAACAAGGAACUCUGCCUGCAGGUGUGACGGACGCUCAGCUUUGGCAAGCUCAGAAAAUAAAGCAGGCCAUCAUCCACCCGGACACGGGGGAGAAGAUCUUCAUGCCCUUUCGGAUGUCAGGGUUUAUCCCGUUUGGCACGCCAGUGGUCAUCGGCCUCCUCCUUCCAAAUCAAACGUUGGCGUCGACGAUCUUCUGGCAGUGGUUAAACCAGAGUCACAACGCCUGUGUUAACUACAGCAACCGCAACGCCUCCAAGCCGGCUCCAGUUUCCAAGUUCGUCCAGGGAUACCUCGGGGCGGUGACCAGCGCCGUGUCCAUCGCUGUCGGCCUGAACGUGUUGAUCCAGAAAGCCGGACGCUUCAGCCCGACCAGCCGGCUGCUGGUGCAGAGGUUCAUCCCCUUCCCAGCAGUGGCCAGUGCAAACGUCUGUAACGUGGUGCUCAUGAGACACUCGGAGCUGUCGGAGGGCGUCAGCGUGCUCGACGACGACGGGAACGUGGUGGGAACGUCGAAGGUGGCAGCCAGGCAUGCACUUUUAGAAACAGCCGUGACCCGAGUGGUCCUGCCCAUGCCCAUCUUGGUGCUGCCUCCGAUGAUCAUGGCCGCGCUGGAGAAGCUUCCCCUCCUGCAGAGACAGAGGAGGCUCGUCCUGCCCGUCCACAGCCUGGUGUGUCUUGCCGCCUUCGGCCUGGCUCUGCCUCUCGCCAUCAGUCUCUUCCCACAGAUGUCCCAGAUCGACGUGAAUCAGCUCGAGCCGGAGAUCGCCGCGGCGACAGAUUGUAAGACUGUGACAUACAAUAAAGGUCUGUGAGCGCCGAUGAAGACGCGACGCCGGCUGCUCGACGCCGACCAUGAAUCCUGGUAAACAGUGAGCAGUAAGCAUAUGUUAGCAGAGCGGAGUUGUUUACACCAAGACAAUGAUUAUGAAGACAGGAUGGAUGUGAUCAGAGAGGUCAGGCACUGCUGCAACACGGACAGCACUGUUCUCCUCUUUUAUAAUUAAUGCAUCACUGAUUUUAAUAAACACGAGGAUGUCUUGAU